AACCGGCAGAGAAACCUGCAGAAACAUUGACCCUGGGCCCAGCUACCGAUGCAGAUCCAGUCAAGGCGAUGAGGGAGCUGGCCCGCCAUGCCCACCGUGGACAGCGUUCUGGAGCAGGUCGGGGAGUUUGGCUGUUUCCAGAAGCAAACCUUUCUGGCCCUAUGCCUGCUCUCUGCGUCCUUCGCCCCCAUCUACGUGGGCAUCGUCUUCCUGGGCUUCACCCCGGAGCACCGCUGCCUGAGCCCCGGCGUGGCCGCCCUGAGCCGGCGAUGCGGCUGGAGCCUGGCCGAGGAGCUGAACUUCACGGUGCCCGGCCCGGGGCCGCAGGGCGAGGCCUUCCCCCGCCAGUGCCGCAGCUACGAGCUGGACUGGAACCAGAGCGCCCUGGGCUGCGCGGACCCGCUGGCCGGCCUGGCCGCCAACAGGAGCCGCCUGCCGCUGGGCCCGUGUCGGCACGGCUGGGUGUACGACACGCCCGGCUCCUCCAUCGUGACCGAGUUCAACCUGGUGUGCGAGGACUCCUGGAAGGUGGGCCUCUUUCAGUCCUGCGUGAACCUGGGCUUCUUCCUGGGCUCUCUGGGCAUCGGCUAUGUCGCAGACAGGUUUGGCCGUAAGCUGUGUCUCUUGGCCACGGUGGUGGUCAGUGCCGUGUCGGGGAUCCUCACGGCCGUCGCCCCGGACUACAUAUCCCUGCUGCUGUUCCGCAUGCUGCAGGGGCUGGUCAGCAAGGGGAGCUGGACGGCUGGCUACACCCUGAUCACAGAGUUUGUGGGCCUGGGCUACAGAAGAACAGUGGCCAUCCUGUACCAGGCGGCCUACACCGUGGGACUCAUGCUGCUGUGCGGGCUGGCCUACGUCCUGCCCCGCUGGCGGGAGCUGCAGCUGGUGGUCUCUGCGCCCACCCUCCUCUUCCUGCUCUACUACUGGUGCGUGCCCGAGUCCCCCCGAUGGCUGUUAUCGCAGAAGAAGAACACUCAAGCCACAAAGAUAAUGGCUUACAUCGCCCAGAAGAAUGGCGCACAGCCUCCCGCUGACUUAAAGAUGCUGUCUCUGGACGAGGACGUCACCGAGAAGCUGAGCCCGGCGCUGGCAGACCUGUUCCGCACACCACAGCUGAGGAAGCACACCUGCAUCCUGAUGUACCUGUGGUUCACCAGCUCCGUGCUCUACCAGGGCCUCAUCAUGCACGUGGGAGCCACCGGCAAGGACCUGUACCUGGAUUUCCUCUACUCUGCGCUGGUGGAGUUCCCCGCGGCCUUCGUCAUCCUCGCCACCAUCGACCGCGUCGGCCGCCUCUACCCGCUGGCCGUGUCGAAUCUGGCGGCGGGGGCGGCCUGCUUCGCCAUGGUUUUCAUCUCACGUGAGCUACACUGGCUGAGCAUCGCAGUGGCUUGUGUUGGCCGGAUGGGAAUCACCAUCGUGUUCCAGAUGGUGUGCCUGGUGAAUGCCGAGCUGUACCCCACAUUCAUCAGGAACCUCGGAGUGAUGGUGUGUUCCUCUCUGUGUGACCUGGGUGGGAUCAUCACCCCCUUUCUGGUCUUCAGGCUGAUAGAGGUUUGGGAAAGUUUGCCCCUCGUGUUGUUUGCGGCGUUGAGCCUGGUCGCCGGGGGACUGACGCUGCUUCUUCCAGAGACCAAAGGGGUCACUUUGCCAGAAACCAUCGAGGACGCGGAGAACCUCCGGAGGAAAGCAAAGUCCAAAGUGCACAAGAUUUACUUUCAGAUCCGGACCUCAGAACCGCAGGCCCCCCAGAGAGAGGCUUCGCUGGGGACCGAGGGGCAGAGAUGAAGACGAGGUCCUCACGCGCCACGUGCUUACUUUCCGGUACUCUGCCUCACCGGGGCCAUCCCCAAA